AUGGACCGGGAGCGGCGGGCCGGGGCUCCAAUGCGGGAGAUGGAUCGGGCAUCUCCGGUGGUGGCUAGGUGGGGGAUGGGCUCGGGGAGGGGCGGCCAUGGCGGCAAUGGCGCGCGCAUGGUCAAGCUCGUCGCGACCGCGGAGGAGACGGAGAAGAGGGCGGCUCACCUCGAGGGAGAAGAGGGUUUUGCCGGCUCCGUCGUCACGCUCCACGGUCGCUUUGAGAUCCUCUCCCUCUCCGCCGCCUUCCUCCCGUCGCCAUGCCCGCCGGGAGCCACCGGUCUCGCCGUCUACCUCGCCGGUGGGCAGGGCCAGGUCGUGGGAGGCACGAUCAUCGGGGAGCUCGUCGCGUCCAGCUUCAUGGUCGUCACGGCCACUUUCUCCAACGCCACCUACGAGCGCCUCCCGCUCGUCGAUGAAGAGUCUGGGGAGGCGGCCGCGGAAGCCACCGGAUCCGACGGGAUGCAGCUGCCAAACGGACCGGCACCGGGAGGAAACAGAGGGAUGGGUGCGGCAGUCGGCAUGCCCGGACUGCCAGACCCAUCGUCGAUGCUAUUCUACAACCUGCCGCCCAACCUCAUGCCUAAUGGCGGCGGUCAGAUGCCACACGACGUGUUUGUCUCCUUCCGGCCGCCACUGACAGCCUUCUAG